AAAGCGGAUUAGUAAGCGGAUGGGUGUAUGUACGCACGGGACCGAAUCCGGCGCAUCGUGGCCGUUUGACACAUCAACGCUUCGCAGAAGUUCCCGGUGAAUUUGCAAUAAAAUUCGCGUUGCAAGUAAAGUGUUCGCCGAGAGAAAAAUCGCUUUUUUUACCUCGUGCUCGCGGAACACGAAGAACAAAUUUCGUCUUGAUGAAGGACCGUCAAGUGCCGCGAGAACAAUUCGAGACAGCACUCGCAAAGGAUUCGGAUCAUUUCCAGGCAUACACCAGAUCCGCGGAAAAGUGAAUUAAAUUAAAUAAAAACUCGUACUCGUCGCUGAGUGCUGAUCGAACUGAAUCCGCGAUAACAUGCCGUCCGCGGAAAGAUGAGCAGACAUCACGGAUAGGAUCCGCGGCAGCGGCGGUGAUGAUUGAUCGUCACCGUGCGAUGAUAGAUCGCGGGUCGCGAGAAGUGCGCCUACGUCGAUAUCCGCUGGCCGGCCGUCCGUUCGUCCAUUCGUUCUCCCGAUAGCACGGAAACGAACGGACGUGAAGAACUACGCGCGAACUAGAUCGGCUCGCUCGACGCUCGAUGCUCCAUUUUUUCCGGCCGACAAUGCGCGCGUGAAGUGCAGAUAUAGACAGCACCGUGUACAUAAAAUAAAUUUGCUCGUGUAUGUGUGUGCGUGUAUAUGUGUAAAUCGAAACAGAUAGGAAAGACUUGAUCGUGAAGCAUAAUUGCACGCAUAAUCUCCGCGACUGGCCGAUUCGAUUCGAUCGCGGGGAAUCGCGCCGCCGAGAAUUCACGGCGCGUCUACCUCUCGCGCGGAUGCUCUCUGUUGUAAUCAGCUCUGUUAAUCAGUGUGUGUCAAGAUUACCCUACAUAUCACCCGGCGGCGGAUGCGCGCGAGCCACGCCGCGCGUCCACAUCGCGAGAUCUCUCGCGUCUGCUCCGCUGCUGUUGAAUAAAGUUGCUCGUACAACAAAAUGACACGGAAAGGGCUUCUGCUACUGCUCAGCCUGGCCGUGCUGAAAGAAUCCUCCACAUUCAGCACCGAGAAGGACGAAUCCGCUCAUCAGAAGUCACAUCAUAGACAGAAAAGGGUUCUUUGGUUCACGAACGAUGGACGAAUCGCGUUGCCGCCCGGCACCAUCAUGACAAUCACGCCGACUUUGGCGUUACCCUUCGUCAGGAAUCCACCCUACGGUUUCCUCAGCAAUAUGACUAUCAGUCUGCCAUUUACAAUCGACUUCGACAAACUGGGUUUGACGGAUAACGAGAAUCCCUACGGUGCUCUGCCACCGGCCUUCGACAGGAAGCUGAAGAGCCGACAGGCCGGUAUGAUGAUGGCUGAUUUCAUCGCAGCAUUUAUCAAACGCAGAUUGCACAAGCGGGACAUGUCGGAGGUGCCGAAAAAUGCAUUCCACGGCGGCGAACGGGCCUUGCUGUACGGCACCGCCGAGGACAUGUUGACCACUUUGGGAAUGAACGGGAAAGCGUGCCUAUUAAGGGCGAUCUGUGAAGUUCAGGGGCACUCCCUAAACAAUUUCGGUCUCAUCGGCGAAAUGCUGAAAUUAUUCUUCACUGCCAGUCGGUCACCGUUUGCGAAUCUCCUCAACGAGUACGUCGAGGCAGAGAAUCGCGGGAAAUUUCACGGCGAAUGUUGGCCUUACUUCAAGGAUUGUCCAAAAUCGUUGUUUCUCCCAUCCAACAAAUAUCAGAAGGAUUCGGUGCACGACGAAGAGAAUGAAAGGGACGAACAUUGGAAUGAAAUAUCAAAUGACUUCGACGAGGAACCCCUCGUGAGGAUAUCGGAACGAAGCGCAAAAAAUGCUGUACACUCUAUGUAACAGUGAUUACGAACACACCAUUAUAAAUAGUUAUCAUUAUAUAAUGAUUGACGUUGUGCGCGUUUUCGACGUAACGCAUACUCGAGCAUACACAGAGAAGAUCCUUCUCAACGAAUUCCUAAAAUUGAUAAAUAACGAUCCAGUUUGGAUCGAGAACUGAGCAAUUGCGCACAAUCACAGAUUAACCCAUUAAAGGCCAUAAUUUGCACUGCUACAAGAGAUCACAUCGUUACAAGAGAUGUUACAAAAAUUCAAGAGAUUAUAUUAUAAAGGUUUCUCGUAUAUGAAAAAAGCCAAUUGAUUUUAUUUCUUAUUUUUAUAUUAGUGAUGCAAGAGUUUUAAUAUCGUAGGCCAUAAUUAAUUUAAAAAUUAAAUAAUUAAUAAUCUGUAUUUAUUAUAUAAUUUAUUCUACAUGUUUCGAAAAUGGGAUAUUGGCCGUUAGUGGAUUAAAGUGCUUUAUUAAUACGAUAUCAUAUUUAAUACGUACUAGGAUUAGAUAAUUUUUAAAGUACGCUUGAAAUUCGUGCACGCGUAAGGAAAAAAUUUACGUAAUUACAUCUAACAGUGUUACAUGUUUUUAAAAAUCUACAUAAUUACGUGUAACAACGUUAAUACGUUCACUAUCACGCGGCACAUACCUAUGACCGAUCUCUCGUCGCGAGAUCAGUAUCAGACACAGUGUGUGACAUAGCGACUACUUUUCAUUUCACUCCAUGAAGGCAUAUAAAAUCUAUUUCGAAAAUUAAAAAAUGUAUCAUAGCGUGUGAUGGAGAUUCCUUCCAUCUGAUGAUGAUGGUGAACGUAAUACAACAAAUUACUAUAAUUGUAAUCACUAGACCGUGAGAGAUCAGGUUCUCACGCUAGAUACACACAUAUGUCGUAUAUUACAUUUUACACUUACUUUCUCGAACGUAAGGCGGGUAUAAACCGCCAGAGGUUCGGCUAGUCGUCAACAUUGUGACGUGACGUGAAACGGUGCUUUAACUGCGUUAUAUUUAUUUGUACAGUGCUGAAUUAAUAUAGUUUUGUCAAUUUAGCUAUUUUAACUAAUUGCAUCGUGUACGCGAUAGGACUCUACGAAGGCACGAACAAUAAAUAGUGUCAAUCUCGCGCGUAAUUGGCAAUUCGCAAAUUGUGAAUUCUGAAUUGUGUCGCUAACGAUUACGAUUUUAAGAAUAUCGCGCCGAGCGUAAUUCCAAUCAGCUGACUUUUAUAUAUAACUAUGUUCCCACGGUUUUCUUGUCCGAUUUUCUCUUUUCGUAAGAUUUUAAAUCUAACAUGCGAUGCUCCUUCGGGGAUAAUACCUUGUGCGUGACACCCUUACGAGAUGACUCGCAUCGCGUACUCGUGAAUUCCGGAAUACUAUAUAUCACGCUGCCAUAAUAAGCAUCGUAACGUGUACCAGUAUCGGUACAAAUUACAGUUGCUUCAAUCUGCCUUUUACGAAUGCGUCUACGAUGCGUCAAUGUAAACGGAGUUAUUCACGUUCAUGAGGCGUUUUUGCGUCGUCGAAAGAAUGUAAAGUAUAAUUAAUAUAUAAAUAAUUACUGCGAUGAAAUAUAUGUACAUUUUUC